AGACGAUCCGCUCCGUAGGGCUUAAAACGCCCCGGUUAGACAGCAGCAGUUUUGAAUCGAAACUGGGAAACGCGGACACGUGGCGGAUUUGCAACGAGGCGGGAGUGGGAGGAGGCGUCUUUAUCCGUUUAUGCCGUCCGGACAUGCUGAGUGGCCCGUUCUGGCGAUGGGCCACGCAGAAAGGGCAGGUCUGCCCGUAGAAGGAAAAGUGGCACGUGGAUCAGGAUUUGCUCGCGUACUCCAGCGCGGGUUAACGCAGGGCUGCGGGUGCAGGUUGGAAGGGCGGGAACCGUGGCUCUACCCCGCCUGCUUCUCCCCUUACCCGUUUCUCGCAACCAUCGUUGGGCCACAUCAACGGCAGGUGCUCCGGAGUCCCACCUAAAGUUCUGCAGCUCCACGGCCGAUCAAGAGAUCUCGUUGGGCUUUUCCUAUUUUAUUUUAUUUUAUUUUAUUUUAUUUUAUUUUAUUUUUUUCCCGGAUUUUCACCCUCCCCUCUGCGGUGCCUUCCUGGACUCUACCUUCCACCGCCCUUCGGCAAAGCAACCCGCUUUCUAGAGCGUGGCCAGGGUGGCCGUUUGAUUACCGGAUGGCUCUGGACAGCGAUGCGUUUUUCUACGGGUGCGCUGCUGCGGCUGCCUCGGUCGUAACUCUGUUGACCGCCGUCUUCUACUUGAUGUUCCAAAACUAUCGGAAAUGGAAGGAGAUAGAGGCCAUUCCGGAGCUCAGACCCUGGUAUCCGAUUCUGGGCCACGCCCUGAUCGUGGACAGAACCGGCGAAGGUUUCUUUAAACAGAUAAUUCAGUAUUCGGAGGAAUUUCGCUGUAUACCAUUGCUAAAGCUUUGGAUAGGACCAUUCCCUCAUGUGGUCUUAUAUCAUGCAGACACUGUAGAGGUUAUCUUGCGGAGCUCAACAUUGAUCGAGAAGUCCCAUCUUUAUAAAUUUCUUCAACCUUGGCUAGGCACAGGACUUCUAACAAGCACUGGAAAAAAAUGGCACUCCAGACGAAAAAUGUUAACUCCAACCUUCCAUUUCACAAUCUUAGUAGACUUCCUUGAAGUGAUGAAUGAACAAGCCAGUAUCCUUGUUCAAAAACUUGAACAACACCUGGACAAAGAUCCAUUUGAUUGCAGUUUAUACAUUGCAUUAUGUGCCCUUGAUAUAAUCUGUGAAACAGCAAUGGGCAAAAAUAUUGGUGCACAAAACAACAAAAAUUCAGAGUAUGUCAAAGCUGUCUAUAGGAUGAGCGAUCUAAUUCAUCAUAGACAGAAGACACCAUGGAUUUGGCCCAAACUUUUGUACAGUAUGUCCGGAAGAGGAAGAGAACAUAACAGGAACCUGAAGAUACUUCAUAGCUUUACAGAUAAAGUUAUUGAAGAAGAAGCUCACAAAAUAAAGCAACAGGAGCAGCAUCAAAAUGGUGCUCCUAGUACCAAUGAGCAAAGAAGGAACAAAGUAAGAAAAGCUUUCCUUGAUAUGCUUCUGAGUGCCAGGGAUGAAGCUGGGAAGAAGUUGAGUUACCUCGAUAUCCGAGAGGAAGUGGAUACAUUUAUGUUUGAGGUAUAGAAGGAUCAGACCCGAAUAGCAGAAUGGUCCUUUUUUCUCUUAACUAAUAUCUCUUCUCUAGAGAUUACCUUAUUAAGCUAACAUACUUUUGCUAUUUUAUCAGGUAAUUCUGACCGACACAUCACAAUGGAUGAUCUGAAGAAACUGCGAUAUCUGGAAUGUGUUAUUAAGGAAGUGCUUCGUCUUUUCCCUUCCGUUCCAAUUAUUGGCCGUAUUCUAAAUGAGGACUGCUAUAUCAGAGGGUUUAAGAUACCAAAAGGAACUGGUGUCCUAAUUGUGACUUACGCAUUGCACAGAGACCCUGACAUUUUCCCAGAGCCAGAGGAAUUCAGACCUGAGCGUUUUUUCCCUGAGAACUCAAGUGGACGAAACCCAUAUUCUUAUGUCCCUUUUUCUGCUGGGCCCAGAAAUUGCAUUGGUCAACGCUUUGCCCUGGUAGAAGAAAAGGCAGUUCUAGCAACCAUAUUGCGACACUUUUGGAUUGAAACUAAGCAGAAACGUCAAGAACUUGGCAUAGCUUCAGAACUAAUUCUUCGUCCAACUAGAGGCAUCUGGAUUCAGCUGAAAAAGAGGCCAACUCCUAGCUCUUAGUGUAAGAAACUACAGGAAUAGUGAAUUUAGAUCAUUUCAUCAAUAAAAACUAUGCAUUUUGAUGGCUGGACAAUAAGGAUGACCUACAAUGAAAGAAGGAAGUUGCUUUUAGAAAGCAAUUACAAUCAAAUAGUUUUUGUUUUGUUGACCAAUAUUCAAAUAGUUAACUAAAACAAAACAAAAUAAAACAUACCGGUUACUAUAAUCAGUAUAUACAUAGGAUAUAAUGUAUAAUACAUAUACAUAGCAAUAUAAUUCUUUGUCCAACUAGAUAUAUAUAUAGUUGGAUAUAUAACAGUAAAAUAAAUUGCCAACCAUGCUAUGCUAAACCUGCUACUGCUAUGUUAGGUCAUCAGUUCUGUUCCUGAAUUUUCUCAUCAAAGGUUCAUGAUUAAGCUUAGCAGUCCUGCUAAUUGUCCUGUCCCAUUAUGGAUUGAUAAUUGGUUAAAAACAGAAAGCAACGAGUAGGAAUAAAUGGGGAAUUUUCUCAAUGGAGUGAAAUAAGAAGUGGAGUUCCUCAAGGAUGUGUGCUAGAACCAGUGUUUUUUACCUUGUUAAUAAAUAAUCUUGAAUAUAGUCA